AUGGUCUGGUUUGGCGCGACAUCUGGAGGCCGCAGCGAAUCGUCCGAUCAGCUGAGAAGGCUAUUGGCAGCAACCGUCCCUCCAUUGAUGAACUCUGAUGCAGCUCCGCAAUCGAAAUCAGGGAAGAUGCACGCGCCUGGAAACGGACCAAUCUUCGCGACUUAUUACACAAUCCUUGCAGUCGUCGGUGUUCCAGCUAACGUCCUGACGAUUGCCAUUCUGUCCCAGGGAAAGUGCGGCCUCUCGAAAUGCAUCACUCGGUACCUGGUAUUCAUGGCGGUGACGGAUUUCCUGGUCAUCGUCACGGCUGUGAUAUUCAGCCGCCUUCGGGCGAUAUAUUUUCCAGUUAGUAUCUUGUCCACCACGCCGGGUUGCAGUCUAAUCAUUGCGCUCAGCUCCGCUGCUAAAGAUGCUUCCGUUUGGUUAACGGUGGCUUUCACCUUCGAUCGGUGUGUGGCGAUCUGCUGCCAAAAGCUGAAACUGAGGUAUUGCACAGAGAAAACCGCGGCUGUUGUUAUUGGAACCGUUUGCUUCCUCGCCUGUUUGAGAAACGUCCCGUUUUAUUUUGAAUUUGAACCGAUGUACAUUAUCGAUACAGUGCCCUGGUUCUGCAGCAUAAAAGAAAUAUUUUAUAUUUCCGUCGCUUGGAGAGUGUAUGAAUGGUCGCACCGGAUGUUAAACCCAUGCGUUCCUUUCCUACUGAUUUUGAUGCUCAAUGUGCUGACGGUCAGAUAUAUCCUGGCCGCCAACAGAGCACGCGGUAGACUUCUGGCCCAGAACAACGGAGAGAAACAGAGGGACCCAGAGAUGCAGAGCAGGAGAAAGUCCAUCAUUUUGCUCUUCGCCAUCUCGGGCUGUUUUAUUCUGCUCUGGGCCACGGACGUUGCAAAUUUUCUAUUUGUGCGAAUCACAGCGAAUAACUAUGUCAGCGCCUCUAAUUCCAAUGACCCGAAGUUCAUCUUUCAAGAAGGCGGAUAUAUGUUGCAGUUUCUCAGUUCCUGCGCCAACACAUUUAUCUAUGCGGGGACUCAGACUAAAUUCAGACAGCAGCUGAAGACAACUAUCCUAUACCCUUUCAACAUAAUUAGACAACGGUUCAAAUAA